AUGAAUACCACUCCUUUGGAUGAAGUCCAAUGGCAAUCACCAGAAUGGAUCCAAGCAUUUGGUUUAUAUACAGAUAAUGUAUUGGAUUAUUUUUCUGAAUCACCGUUUUUUAAUAAGACAUCUUCUAAUCAAUCGAUUAGAAUGCAACGACAAUUUCAAGCAGAUGCAAAUGGGGCUGGACCAGGUGCUGGCCAAGGUCCUGAUAUGCUAGGUGUUUUAGAUCCACAUCAUAAUGAAACAGAUAAAUUACUACUACAGCAUGUACGAGAUCCAGAAAGAAGAGCCAUUUUGACAAGAUAUCCAGUACAUGCUCAAUUAGAGAGACAAUUAGCCAAAGUAGGUGGUAUUGAAUAUGUGCUGGCACAUGUAAGAGAACCAGACCUAUGGGUUAUACGUAAACAAAGGCGUGAUAUUCAAACAAUGAACACAUCUAUUUUACAGACAUAUUAUGUAAUGGGACCUAGUGUCUAUCAAGCACCAAGUAUACACGCUCUUAUUGAAAGUAGGCUACUAGCAGCAUCUACCGGGUUAGAAAAAACAAUGGUGGGGCUAAGAAAGCUUGCUCGUUUUGAACCUGCUCAAGGCCGUUACUUGGUUCGUAAUGGUACUGUCACCAGCUCAUCUUCUACAGUAUCAGAAAGUGGUGGAUCAGGUAAGACUGUCCCAAACACAGGACCAGCUACAGGUAGCAAUGGUGCUUAUUCUAUUCCAGGCUCAGGAUUCCCAGGCUCUGCAGCACCAGGUACAACAGUAGCAGGUCAAACUGCAGGUGGAACGGCUCAAUUUGAAUCUAACCGCCGACCAGCGGCUGCAUUAUCCACAUCGCAACUGGAUAAACUACUGGCAGUCAGUUUCAAAGCGAGACCUGAAUAUAUAUAG